AUGGACGUGGACGUGGACGUGGACGUGGACAUGGACGUGGACGUGGACGUGGACGUGGACGUGGCCGUGGAGAUGGACGUGGACGUGGACGUGGCCGUGGACAUGGACGUGGACGUGGACGUGGACGUGGAGGACGUGGACGUGGACGUGGACGUGGAGGACGUGGACGUGGACGUGGACGUGGACGUGGAGAACUUGGACGUGGACAUGGACGUGAACGUGGACGUGGACGUGGACGUGGAGGACUUGGACGUGGACAUGGACGUGGACGUGGAGGUGGACAUGGACGUGGACGUGGACAUGGACGUGGACGUGGACGUGGACAUGGACGUGGACGUGGACGUGGACAUGGACAUGGACGUGGACGUAGACAUGGACGUGGACUUGGACAUGGACGUGGACGUGGACGUGGACGUGGACGUGGACAUGGACGUGGACGUGGAGAUAGACGUGGACGUGGACAUGGACGUGGACAUGGACGUGGACAUGGACGUGGACGUGGACGUGGACAUGGACGUGGACGUGGACAUGGACGUGGACAUGGACGUGGACAUGGACGUGGACAUGGACAUGGACGUGGACAUGGACGUGGACAUGGACGUGGACAUGGACGUGGACAUGGACGUGGACAUGGACGUGGACAUGGAUGUGGACAUGGACGUGGACAUGGACGUGGACGUGGGCGUGGACAUGGACGUGGACAUGGACGUGGACGUGGACGUGGACGUGGAGGACUUGGACGUGGGGAUGGACGUUGACGUGGACGUGGACGUGGACGUGGACAUGGACGUGGACAUGGACGUGGACGUGGACGUGGACAUGGACGUGGACAUGUACGUGGACGUCGACGUGGAAGUGGACGUGGACGUGGAGAACUUGGACGUGGACAUGGACGUGGACAUGGACGUGGACGUGGACGUGGACGAAGACAUGGUCGUGGAUGUGGACGUGGACGUGGACGUGGACGUGGACAUGGACUUAGACGUGGACGUGGACGUGGACGUGGACGUGGACGUCGUCGUGGACGUGGACGUGGUCUUGGACAUGGACGUGGACGUGGACAUGGACGUGGACGUGGACGUAGACAUGGACGUGGACCUGGACGUGGACGAGGAUACGUGGACAUGGACGUGGAGUGGACGUGGACGUGGACGUGGACGUGGACGUGAACGUGGACGUGGACGUGGACGUGGACGUGGACAUGGACGUGGACGUGAACGUGGACAUGGACGUGGACGUGGACGUGGACGUGGACGUGGACGUGGACAUGGACGUGGAGUGGACGAGGACGUGGACGUGGACGUGGACGUGGACGUGAACGUGGACGUGGACCUGGACGUGGACCUGGACGUGGACGUGGACGUGGACGUGGACGUGGACGUGGACAUCGACGUGGACGUGGACGUGGACGUGGAGAACUUGGACGUGGACGUGGACGUGGACGUGGACAUGGACGUGGACGUGGACGUGGACGUGGACGUGGACGUGGACAUGGACGUAGACGUGGACGUGGACAUGGACGUGGACAUGGACGUGGACGUGGACGUGGACGUAGACGUGGAGGACGUGGACGUGGACGUGGAGGACGUGGACGUGGACGUGGACGUGGAGAACUUGGACAUGGACAUGGACGUGAACGUGGACGUGGAGGACUUGGACGUGGACAUGGACGUGGACGUGGAACGUGGACGUGGACGUGGACGUGGACAUGGACGUGGAUGUGGACGUGGAGGUGGAGUGGACGUGGACGUGGACGUGGACAUAGACGUGGACGUGGACGUGGACGUGGACAUGGACGUGGACGUGGACGUGGACGUGGACGUGGACGUGGCCGUGGAGAUGGACGUGGACGUGGACGUGGCCGUGGACAUGGACGUGGACGUGGACGUAGACGUGGACGUGGACGUGGACGUGGAGGACGUGGACGUGGACGUGGACGUGGAGGACGUGGACGUGGACGUGGACGUGGACGUGGACGUGGAGAACUUGGACGUGGACAUGGACGUGAACGUGGACGUGGACGUGGACGUGGACGUGGAGGACUUGGACGUGGACAUGGACGUGGACGUGGAGGUGGACAUGGACGUGGACGUGGACAUGGACGUGGACGUGGACGUGGACAUGGACGUGGACGUGGACAUGGACAUGGACGUGGACGUGGACAUGGACGUGGACGUGGACAUGGACGUGGACGUGGACGUGGACGUGGACGUAGACGUGAACGUGGACAUGGACGUGGAGUGGACGAGGACGUGGACGUGGACGUGGACGUGA